UGUGACCCCCCAGUGUGUGAGCAUCGUUUCGCAUUCCAACCGGUGCUUCGGCCAUGCCAAAGAAUAUGAAGACUCUGGGUGUUCCUGGUGUUGGUCACAUGAGCCAGGCAGUGUCAGACGGAGAGCUGAACAUGUCUGGUCGUGGCUGUGGGGGCAGUCGUACAAGUCUACCAGGGGUCCAGGGGGGAGAUGCCCAGGCCAGCGGUGUCGUCGGCUGGGCCGUGUGCUUUGAGAAGCUGUUGGAAGAUCCCAUGGGAAUACGCUACUUCACAGCCUUCCUGAGGUCAGAGGUGAGUGCGGAGAACAUCCUGUUUUAUCAGGCCUGUGAGAAGUUCCGGAAGAUUCCUCCCAGUAGGAUGAAAGAGUUUGCUGAGGAGGCUCGCUCCAUCUUCCAGACAUACCUGUCUGACCAUGCUCCCUACUCUGUGAACAUCGAUGACACAGCUCGCGUGGAGGAGGAGGACCUGCAGAAACCUGAAGUUGAAAUGUUCGACAAGGCCCAGACACAGAUCUUUAAGCUGAUGAAGAUGGACAGCUACAGGCGUUUCGUCCGCUCCCCUCUCUACCAGAAAUGUACCCUGGCCAGCGUGGAGGGCACGCCACUACCCAUAAUCCCCCCUGAGCCCACCAGCACAGGAUCAUGGGAGAACAUGGCCACUGCCAGCCCCUCCCUCAACGACAGCAAGAAGAAGAAGAACAAGCAACGGGAGAAGAGGGGAUCAUGGGGAGUAGAGGUGUCGUACCCCAAGGUGAAUGUGUCUCGUACGGAGUCUCAGAUGUCCAACAGCAGUGUGGAGUUGGGCUCCUUCUACAGGCAGAUAGAGAACGGUCGCUCCAGUCCCCGUCCCUCAGACCAGGGGCAGGGUGAUGUAGGUGGUGGUAGUGUGCAGGGGGGUUACUGCUGUGUCUACCUGCCUGACGGCAGUGCCUCCCUGGCUCCUACCCGGCCCGGUCUUCCCCUAAGAGAAAUGCUGUCAGGCCUCUGUGAGAAGAGAGGUUUCCCCCUUAAAGACAUCCUCAUCUAUCUCCACAGCAAGAACAGGCAGCCACUAUCUCUGGAGCAGGACUGUUCCGUACUGAGAGACCAGCAGGUCACCCUGGAGCUGAGGGUAACGUUUGCGUUGGAGGUGGUUUUCACAGGUAAGACAUUCGGCAUCAUGGUGAAGUCCAGUAAGACUCUGCUGGAUGCCCUUUCUAUGGUACUACAGAAACACCAACUCCGAACACACGAAGCCAUGGUCACCAUGAGUGGGAGUGAUGUGCCACUGAGCAUGAGCACCAAUGUGUUCAAACUAGCCAAUAAGACACUGCAGCUCCACAAGGUCAAAGUUAGCAGUUCCAGGGUCAGUGGCUCAACUCCAGUCACACAGGAUCAAGCUACAUCUCCAGUAGGCCCAGAGGUCCAUGUGUCCCCUCAGGCAGCCAACCCCAAGCCCAGAGUCAGGAAGAACCAAGAGAUGGAUGCGAUGAUAGAGCUGUUGUCCAGAGCUCAGGCCUGCCGGGUGGAUGACCAGAGAGGCCCGCUGACCAAGGAACACCUAGAGCUGCCCCAGUUCCUCUUGAAACCCCCUAGCCAGGACCAGGAGACGCAACAGGGGGAGGAUGGAGAGGCUGCAGGGGGACAGGGGGAUGGAGCCCCCACAGACAUUAAAGAGGAGUCAGAUAACCAACCCACUACAUCCUCCACUCCCACCCCUGUUGGAGCAGCAGAGUCAGGAGUGUGUGUAACAGACUCAUCAGGUUCCAACCACAUAGGUUCAAAACAAACAAGUGUCUGAGAGAUAGAAUGUUUUUAAGUGUCACUUUUACUUUGUGUACCUGGUGUAAGUGUGAGUGUGUGUAUAGGACCCAUUUUACUGUGUGUGUGUGUGUGUGUGUUUGUGAACAUGCUGAGGUCAGGUUUGGGCAAGGGAUGUUGACACAUGUAGCAAUUAAUCCUGUUUAAAGAUUGUUCAUCAAAUAUUAUAAGUUGUGCACAGGAAGUCCACAACUAUUAAGAUACCUAGUCAAGCACUUUUGCUUAUGAUUGUCUGAAUAAGGUCAGCGUCCAAUGUGUUAUCACUGUGUCUGGUACGAAACUGUAUUAACUCUAUUGUUUGUUUUAAUCCCCAAUGUCAAAGGUACAAUAUGUCAUUAUAUGAAGGAUCUAUUUUAGCUUCCAAUUCCUCCCCUGACGUUUGAUUAAAAAAAAACUGAAGUUUUGUUUUUCAAUUAAGGAAUUACUUUCAAGAUGGUCUUUCAUAUUUUCCGGUAUUUUACUUAUAAUAUUUAACUUGAACUAAUAGUACUUUUAGUAAAUUUCCUUUAGUGUGUGAUUUAAUAUUUAAUUAAGGUGUUUGUUAUUUUGCAUUUUGAGUACUUUUCUCUCUUGUGAAAGUUUGAUAUUUAAUUUAAUUGGCAUUUAAUACUUAUGAGCACAUUUUUUGUUUCUUUGCUGUGUUUGCACUUUGAAUGCCAGGUCUUCUGUGACGACCAAUCCUUUUCUCACCGUGUUAUCAGAGUGCUACUCAGGGUCAACCUUCAGUAUUAACCUAUAAUGUUCUCAUGCAUUGUACAGUGCAUGAAUAAAUGAUGUGAUAUUGAUCUAAGUUA